AUGAAUAUGUUGCCUGUGGAUUUCAUAGAUUAUUUUAAUAAAUUUCAACUGGAAGCUUCAAAUGCUUCACCGGAAGAUUUUUCCGAUAAACUUAAUCUAUUCACAUCAUUACUAUUUUUGAUUUGUACAAUUAUCAUUACAUUAAAACAAUAUGUAUUUAAUAGUAUGUCAUGUUAUAUACCAGUACAUCCAACUGGGAAAGAUUUUGAAAAUUUCCUGUCUGAUUAUUGUUGGGUACAUGGGACAAUACCAUUAAGACAAAAUGAACCAAUGCCAAAAACACCGGAAGAAUGGAGUAUUUAUGAAAAACAACGUCGAAUAUGUAAGUUUUAG